CUCAGUCCAUUGCCUGAAGCCUCCCCGUUAAGCGUAGACAAAGGCAAAUCUGAGCAGUGGCAGUUUGGUGGGUCUAUCUUCCUCGCAUCUCGUAUCUCGCGUCUCUCUGUCUCUCUGUCUCGCUGCCGAUGGAGGCUUCAGCUAAGCUGCAACAAGAGGGAGAAGAAUAUGAUCUGAAAGUGGAAGUGGAGGAAGAAGAAGUGGGUCUGCUGAGAAGGCAGUCCACGACGCGAAAAUAUGGUGUCCAUGAAGGUGGUGUUUCUGGGAAUGGCGAUUCCAGUACAGACAGCAGCAGGUCCAGCAAGAAUGGCACCCAUGCAGAAGAAGAGCCGGAAGCAGGACAAGAAUGGGUUGAGGAGGUGAAUGGUGGGGAAAAUGAUGUUGAAGAGAAGGGACCAGAGGGACCAGAGACAGAAGCAGAGCAAGAACCAGGAGAAGAACGAGAAGCCGCACCGGAGCGAGACGAAGUGGAUGAGAAUGGGAGCAAUGGCGGUACGAACGGAAAGAGAGAUGUCGCGGUUCUUGCACCAGCGGCGAAGACAGAACCCCACUUCCACAGUGAGGUCAAAGUGAAUGAGUCGACCUGGACCAACACCGUUCACUUCGACAGCGGACGAGGUACAGAAUCCAUCCAAACAAUUGUCAAGACGGAAUACAGCGAUAUUAAACGAGUUUCAUAUGAAACGGAGACAGUGCAUGAAGCUUCAGAUGUUGCAACAGAGACGUUCAGCGCUUUUCUAAGCUCUCAGGUUGAUCAUCAAGAUGAAGGAAUUUCUGAAGAUGAGAUAUUUUUGGACUCCGCUUUAUUGUCUCCAAGAAAGUCAUCUGAAGAGACAAACACAUAUUCUAAGGAGAGUAAAGUAGUUGAAGAAGUUGAUCUGAUAGAAGAACUCAACCCUGAAGAGACAGAAUUUGAUGUCAAGAAGGUACUGGAGAAGCAAAAUACUCAUGAUUUAUACUGUCCCAAUUGUCGUUCUUGUAUAACAAGAAGGGUAAUCCUUCGGAGAAAGAAACGGAAGCCGCGCUAUGUGCGUCACAGUGACAAAAUUGGAAAAACAACUGGCUCUCAACUACAUGCUCAAGCUGGAACUGCGGUAAAGGAGGAUCUUAAACCAAUUACUAUUGGCAUCAAUGAGGCUCCAACUCCUGCAGUCAUAAAUAUUCCAACGCCUGCAGUCAAUGAUCAACCUGAUGAUAGGGAUCGAGAAGCUUUUAGAUGUCUGUCAUGUUUCAGUAUUUUCAUUCCCAAAGGAGACGGAUUUAAAUUGUUCUGGCCUUUUAAAGAGAGAGAAGAUGCUAAAAAACUGCCAGAUCCUUCAGAGGUACCCGUGGCAAAAGAUAAUGCUGUGACAGAGACAUCACAGAUGCACAUAGAGCAUACAGAUUCAACUAAAGUAACUGAGCAUCCGGAUGCUUUUGUCUCACCAACUGAGGGCACUCCCAGAACCACUGAAGUACCAUCUGAUACGGGGCUGCUGAAUAGCAAAGUCACUCAACCCAUGGAAAUUGAAAAGGAAACGAAUGACUUGAACAAGGAAUCCAGCAUCAAUACAGAACGAGAUCCUGGUGAAACCUUGGCAGCUAAUGGACAAUCUCCUGAAGAUGCAAAUACAAAACCCCUGACUGUUGAACUGAUACCACCUUCAACGCCUACUGUGCCAGUGGUUGGAACAACUUCAAAAGAGAUUUACCCAAAACCCAUUACGGAAAACACAGAAGAAUUACCUGCUGUGAGUGCUCCUCCUGCAAUUACAGGGGUUAAACCAUCCCCAGCUCAACCAUCUCCAGCUGAACCACAGAAAGAAGGUGACGUGAUAGUUGAGAUUGACACACUCACGGCACCCACAAGUGAUGUUGCAGCACAACCUGGAACUCAGACACUAUCCGAAGAGCCACCAGUUGUUCAACCUCAUCAACCUCGUGAAUGGGAUAUUUUAAAGAGCAUUGUCUACGGUGGCUUGAUAGAAUCAAUAACAAGUCUAGCUGUUGUGUCAUCUGCAGCGGGAGCUGGUGCCGCCACAUUGAACACCUUAGGUUUGGGAUUAGCUAAUCUGUUUGGAGGACUUAUCGUCAUUGGCCAUAACCUUAGAGAGUUGAAGAAUGAGCAGCCCAGUCAAGGUGCCGAACAGGUAGACCGGUACCAAGAGGUGCUAGGAAAGAGACAACACUUUCCCCGGCACGCAAUAGUAGCCAUUUUAUCCUUUAUAAUCUUUGGCUGCGUGGCUCCAAUCACUUAUGCAUUCUCAUUUAGGGAGAGUGACAAUAGGGAUUACAAGCUGGCUGCCGUUGCGGCUGCUUCUCUGUUAUGCAUUUUUCUACUUGCCAUAGGGAAAGCCUAUGUCAGGAAGCCGCCUAAAGCUUACUUUGAGACAGUGCUACACUAUGUCAUUAUGGGGUUCAUGGCAUCAGGAAUCUCUUUCUUAGUCGGCGAACUGAUUGACGAGCUUCUCACGAAGCUCGGCUGGUUCAAUUCGACCUCAUCUCUGUCUGGGACCGGGGCUUUGGAGACUGGAACGAUGCAGUCUGGAUGGGCAUCCUACUGAAGUCAUGGGAUCUCAAAGAGCACUUCCAACACGGAGUGGACGGAAGCAGUUUUAUUCUGAAGGUAGUUGUUUCAUUCAUGUCAUGCCAAGGCACGACUCUUUUUCCUUUCCAAGAUUAGAGAAACUAGUAGGAUCCGGCGUCGCCUUCACAUCUCUUCCUUCAUUCUCAUGUUAUGUCUUAGAUGAAUAGUUUCUAGUAAGAAGAGAAUGCCUCACAAUUCAUACUAGGAAAAUUUACCAUAUCCUUUCCGCGUCUCGACAGCCGGAAAUAAACUAAAUGAAGGACAUGGCCCUUCUGUGAACUUCUGUAUUUUUACUUUUCCUUCGACGAUAAACUGUUCUCUCUUCAAGGCGAUUGCCAAGGGCAUCUUGCGGUGCUUGUUUUCCUCUUGA